UUUCUCUACUGGUGUUUAAAACAAAAAUAAAUACAAGGAAAAUGAAUUGGUGUCUUUCCAAAUUAGUUCCUAACUUCGGUAUUUUGCAUUAAGUUCCAGCUUUUGUUUUGCUUGAGGACCUUGAUGUGGUGGUGUUAAGACAACCAGAAAAAAGUGUGUGUGUCUGUGUGUGUUUUUCCUCUCUUUAAAUUGCCCCCUGCCAAAAAAAGAAAGAGGGUGCCAUAUAACGAGAGCGCUAUAUUCCUUCAUUUCACUGCUGCACUUGCCAAAUGCCCUUUCUGUCCUAUGAUUUGUUUUAUAUUGUUAGUCCUAGUGUCUCCCUUUAACUGGGAUAGUAGACUUUCUUAUUCCUGUUUCUCUUUGUUCUUUUUCUUUAUGGAAGAGAGUCAGCUGUUGUCCCUUCCUCUGCAUCUGACUCUGUGCUCCUUUCUUCCUUCCUUUUUACAUUGUCAGUAUUUGUCCUGUCCUGCCACCUUCCUGCUCCUCUUCCCUUUUCUGCCUGGAGACAAAUCAACAUGUCCAUGUGUACUAGAAGGAUGUACAUAAAUGGAGUAUUGUCUUGGUGAAGGGGAUAUUGCUGCCUGCAGUCAGUUCUGUAGACAAAGAGGUAAUCUGCUUCAGUUCAUGGCUCUACUGAUACAUGUUGGAGUCUGCAUUUGCAGUAUUUCCGUCUGCCUUUCUAAUUUCUUCCAAAGUCAAUAGCUUUCAGCUUGUUGAACAUACCACACAGAUUUUGACAGGUGUGGAGAACUUUCUAAAUACAUUGAGUUUGUGAUAGAAUUGUAUUUUUAAGAAAAGAGGUAAAAAAAUGAUCCUAUUGGGAUUUCUUUCUGAACUGAUCACCCUAACUUUGUGUAGGAAACUGGCUGCGUGGCCUUGCAACUGCUGUUAUUAGUAAUACAGGCUUAAAUUUGCUUGUGACCAGAAACCAAACAGAGAUGAAAGUUGUUCCAUUCUUAGUGUCCUGGUAGCAGAAAACAUAGCUAUAGGACUAAAAUGUUGAUGAUAUAUUUUGGUUAGUAGUGUGAGUUGUGGUUUAGUUCUAAAUUUUCUUUUUACGGAACACAUUUAAUAUCGAGUAUGAAAUAGAGUGGGUUUAAAAAGAUGUUAUACUAGGAAGUCUUUGAUGCAGCAGGAACACAGAUAGGUGUCAUUUGUCUACGUAUAGUUUUGUGUGCUCUGUAUUAUAUGGAGGUCUUUUCCAACCUUAAUGAUUCUAUGAUUCUGUAUGGAACCCUGAGUGCUGUAAAAGAGUGAUUAUCUAAAGAUGAUGUGAAAGUUUUUCAGCUAGUGUCUUGGUCAUAUCUCAAUCAAAAUUUUGCACUUAAUGUGUUUUUAGUAACUCUAGACAGUUGAAGCAGGUAGUAGUGUUUGUUUUCAGGCAGAUGUUUUAGUUCAUAUGUCUGAUACAAAUAGUAUAAUAAUAUAUGCUUAUUGCAUCAUUUUGUAGCUAGGAAUUCAGCAAUAUUUUAGGAUGAACAAAAUGAAGUGGUAGUGAUGGACGAGAUCUCAGAAAGGUGUGUUUCAUGUCUAUCUAAGCAUAUUUACAUAAUGAUACCUCUUAAAUAGGUGUAGGCAUUUUGGAUAAGUGAAUGUAGUGCCUUUGGGCGUGUGACAGCAGCCAUGAAGUAGUACCAUUUGAAAGCUGGACAAAGCUGCAGCAGGUAGCGGUAUCAGAUGUCACUAGUAGAUUUGGGAAAGAAACUUCUAGAAGCUGCACGAGCAGGUCAAGAUGAUGAAGUUCGCAUUUUGAUGGCAAAUGGAGCACCUUUUACCACAGAUUGGUUGGGAACAUCUCCACUUCAUCUAGCAGCACAGUAUGGACACUACUCAACAACAGAAGUGUUGCUGCGAGCAGGUGUAAGUCGGGAUGCCAGAACCAAAGUGGACAGAACUCCAUUACACAUGGCAGCAUCAGAAGGCCAUGCCAGCAUAGUUGAAGUUUUACUUAAGCACGGUGCUGAUGUUAAUGCGAAGGACAUGCUCAAAAUGACUGCGCUUCACUGGGCUACCGAACAUAACCACCAAGAAGUUGUAGAACUCUUAAUAAAGUACGGAGCAGAUGUUCACGCUCAGAGUAAAUUUUGCAAAACGGCAUUAGAUAUUGCAGUAGAUAAUGGAAAUGAAGAUCUUGCAGAAAUAUUACAGAUUGCAAUGCAGAACCAAAUCAAUACGAAUCCAGAAAGUCCGGACACUGUGACGAUACAUGCAGCAACACCGCAGUUCAUCAUCGGACCUGGAGGGGUGGUGAACCUAACAGGUCUGGUAUCUUCUGCAAAUACAUCAAAUGGAACAGAUGAAACAGGCGUGUCUGCUGUACAGUUUGGAAAUUCAUCGACAUCAGUAUUAGCCACACUGGCAGCUUUAGCAGAAGCAUCAGCUCCACUGUCUAAUUCUUCAGAAACACCAGUUGUGGCCACAGAAGAGGUUGUGACUGCAGAAUCUGUGGAUGGUGCUAUUCAGCAAGUUGUCAGUUCUGGAGGUCAGCAAGUUAUUACUAUAGUUACAGACGGCAUUCAGCUUGGUAAUCUGCAUUCGAUUCCAACCAGUGGAAUAGGGCAACCAAUCAUUGUGACUAUGCCAGAUGGACAGCAAGUAUUAACAGUUCCAGCAACAGACAUUGCUGAAGAAACUGUGAUAAGCGAAGAACCGCCAGUGAAGAGACAGUGCAUUGAGAUUGUUGAAAAUCGUAUGGAGUCUGCAGAAAUAGAAGAAAGAGAAACUCUUCAGAAACAGCUGGAUGAGGCAAACAGAGAAGCACAAAAAUAUCGUCAGCAGCUUCUAAAGAAAGAACAAGAAGCAGAGGCCUACCGGCAGAAGCUAGAGGCAAUGAACCGCCUCCAGACUAAUAAAGAAGCUGUUUAAUAAAAAAUGAACAUACUGCAAAGCCUGUUACUUUUAAAAACUUGCAGUACAAUCUUGAACUGUGCGCUAUAUAGGUACAGACACAGGAUUACGUGAUAGAGAAGAUGCUACAAGUUGAUAACUGGACUUAAUGCCGUGAGCUCUGAUGAAUUUCUUGUAACAUAAAAACUCUGAAUUUAGAAAUUGUGAAAAGUAUUUAAAAUGAAAUACUGUAAAUAGUUGUUUUUUUUACAGUUUCAAAAUGAGUUGAUAAAUCUUUUUGAAGGGAUCCAGAAACACGAGAAGCCAAUGUUUUUGUGAAAUUUUUGAUUUUAGUAUGAAUCUAACUUCUGAAAAACAGAACAGUUUUAAGGGUGAUGAUGUUGAUUUAAGCUGACAACUUAAAAAUUAAUUAUGUGACAAAAUGAAUUAACAGUUACUUCUACAUGGUGACAGCUUAAACUUCUCUGAGUAAGACAUUUCCAGGUGGAAAUCUUUGUACAGCUUUAAGUAGUUGUCUCAGAUUCUCUGAAAACCAUUUUUGGGGUUGGUUUUUUUUUUGUUCUGUUUUGGGGUUUUUUUUUGUAUUUUAGGUGGUGAAAUUUUUAUAUUUAAUUUCAGAUAUAUCCAAGUAGAUUUACAUGUAUAUGAAGCUAAUAUUUUUUAAACUUUUCAGUUUGUACAUAUGCUGCAUGUUUUUAUAAUUUCUACACAUACAUCUUGCAUAGGUAUUUUUCAGCAAAGAUGUGAAAAAAUAUGAGAAAAAUGUUUAGCCUAUAGGUCAUUUGAGGUAAGCUAGCAGCCAGUUUUAUUGUGGAUGGUAUAUUUCUUGGAAGAAUGUAAUUUGUAAUUGAAAAAAUCUUAAUUUACAUAUUAGAGGCAAUUUAAAAUUUGGUAGUGGAGACAUUGAAACUUCAUUUUGUGUGUCUUACAGUUUGCCUGUACAAACAUUUUAAAGUUCAUUAAUGACUAGAAAAGAAUGUCUCCACUGGAACACAAAGAGUAGUUCUUUUAGAAUAUUUCUAUUGAUCUCUUCCCCAAUAGCCUUGAAAUUACUUCAGUGAUACAUUUUUUUUUUCUACAUGGAUUUUUGCAAUCAGACAAGUAAUUUUUUAUGUUGUAGUGAUGCUCUUCUUACCUAGCAUCAUUGUUCUUCACUGUUAGACUGUUUUUUUGUCUGUGCAGUGAUCUAUUAUGCUUAGGAUUAAUAUAGCACGUUACAUCUUCAGAGCAUUUUAAAGAACCCUUACUGUACUGCCUGAGGCAGGUAAGUGAGUGGUGGUGUCUCAAUUCUAUAACUGGGUGUAAGUGCAACACAGGGAGUGUUAAAUGACUGGCCCAAGACCACGUGAAUCUGUGGUAAAACUGGGAAUAGAUCUCAGGAGUUGCUGGCUUCUAGUGCUGUGCUUAGACUGAGCUGCCUUAAGAUCGUUCAGUGCUGUGUUACAUUAAAUUUUGAACUACUGUGCAGAUUCCUUUUUUGUAAGAUAAAACUCUUGUGCUUUGCUUUGUUGUUCCAUGUUUCACUGCUUUUAUGGAAUUGUUUAUAUGAACUUAAGCAAAAAGUCUAGUUUACCUAUACUGUACACAGAAGAAUUACCCUUAAAACUGUACUCUGGCCUACUUUUUCUAUUUUACAAUUAAAUAUCUUUUCCACAUAUA